AUGUCUGUCACGAUCCCAGCGUUCCGAACCUCGGCAGCUGUCCGAACCAGUGCCCUCCGAGGUGCAGCAUCCGCGGCGACGCCAGCGGCAGCACCAGCGACGUCAACUUUCCUGUCCACGGCCAUCCACAUCCACAGGCAGAGGCAGAGGCGGACUUGCAAUGCCCCGAUCUCGAGGAGGUCGGUCUCGUCACUGAGCAAUGACAGCCAGCAACGGAUACUCGCUGCCCACUUGCAGCAGGCCGAUCCCAUCAUGUACGACAUCGUCGAAAAGGAGAAAGUCAGGCAAAAGCAAUUCAUCAACCUGAUUCCGUCGGAGAACUUCACCUCGCAGGCCGUCCUCGACGCCUUAGGGAGUCCCAUGCAAAAUAAAUACUCGGAAGGCUACCCCGGUGCUCGGUACUAUGGCGGCAACGAGUUUAUCGACGCCUCCGAGCGGCUGUGUCAACAGCGAGCAUUGGAGACGUUUGGGCUAGACCCCAAAGAGUGGGGUGUCAACGUUCAGGCGCUGUCGGGUGCUCCUGCGAACCUCUACGUAUACUCGGCUCUUAUGGAGACUCACGACCGCCUGAUGGGACUCGACCUGCCGCACGGCGGCCACCUCUCGCACGGGUACCAGAUACCGACCAAGAAGAUCUCGUUCGUGUCCAAGUACUUUGAGACGGUCCCGUACCGCCUCGAUGAGGCUACUGGCCACAUCGACUACAACAAGCUGGAGGAGCUGGCGAUUGCGUUCCGGCCCAAGAUCAUCGUCGCGGGCGCCUCAGCCUACAGCCGGCUGAUCGACUACGGACGCAUGCGCGAGAUUUGCGACAAGGUCAACGCCUACCUGCUAGCCGACAUGGCGCACAUCUCAGGCCUGGUCGCCGCCAAGGUGAUGCCAGGGCCGUUCGGGUUCGCCGACGUGGUGACGACUACGAGCCACAAGUCGCUGCGCGGCCCCCGCGGCGCCCUCAUCUUCUUCCGGCGCGGCGUGCGACGCACCCACCCCCGCACCGGCGUCGAGGAGCUCUACAACCUCGAGAACCCCAUCAACGCGUCCAUCUUCCCAGGCCACCAGGGCGGACCCCACAACCACACCAUCGCGGCGCUGGCCGUGGCGCUCAAGCAGGCGCAGUCGCCCGAGUUCCGCCUGUAUCAGUCGCACGUGCUGUCCAACGCCAAGGCGCUGGCGCGGCGCCUCGGCGAGCCCAAGGAGAAGGGCGGCCUCGGGUACACGCUCGUCAGCGGCGGCACGGACAACCACCUGGUGCUGGCAGACCUAAAGCCGCAGGGCGUCGACGGCAGCCGCGUCGAGCGCGUACUGGAGCUGGUGGGCGUGGCGGCCAACAAGAACACGGUGCCGGGCGACCGGUCGGCUCUCGUGCCGGGCGGGCUGCGCAUGGGCACGCCGGCCAUGACAACGCGCGGGUUCAGCGAGGACGACUUCACACGCGUGGCCGACAUUGUCGACCGCGCCGUGGCAAUCGCCGUGCGCAUCGACAAGGCGGCGCGCAAGGCGGCCGAGGACAAGGGCGAGGCCAAGACGGCCGGCCGCGUCAAGACGUUCCUCGAGUACCUCGGCAACGGCGAGACGGUCCCCGAGAUUGUCCAGCUGCGCAGCGAGGUCGCCGACUGGGUCGGCACCUACCCCGUUCCGUGGGAGGCCAAGCCGUAG